UUUUUGACAUCGGCUUUUUACUUUAAGGCUAAACUUGAUCACUUCUGAGGAUUAUAAAGGACUGACAAAGAACUGAGGAAAGGAGAAAUUAUUGUGGUUUAUUUUCUUGGCUGGAAUUUUUUGCUCCUUGGGACUUAACAUUAAUGCUUCUUUUAACAGUGUGAGCUGGGCAUUACUUGGGAGUAUCCUAAGCAGGCAUUCAGAAAGGAGAAAAAAUCUUUACAGUCCAGGAAUAAACUUGAUAGAGAAGACAAGGAAUCUAUGGUGGAGCUAACAAUGUUUUCAUCGGAUGACAACUCAAAGAAUCUGUGAGAAGGUAAAGUAACAUCAACCCCAGCUAUCCCAACCAUCUUGGAAACAAUGUCAGUCACCCAUACUAAUGUUUCAUUAAAUGGGACAAGCUCCCCAAACCAGGGAAUGAUGGAUAUACCCAAAGACCAAAAAUCUUUGAAUCUUUUAAUUUUUUGCUUGACUUUUAUCAUCACAUUCCUAACCCUGCUGGGUAGCAUCUAUUCAUUAGUUUCCCUACUGAGAAUGCAGAACAAAAGUACUGUUUCAAUGCUUGCAACUUCGCUAAGUGUGGAUGAUCUGAUUAGUGUGGUACCAGCAACAAUUUUUAUGCUCAAGCCUUGGUUGAAUGAAAUGCUUCCCCAGACUGUGUGUACCACUUCAGCGCUCCUGUACUUAUUUCAGGGCUUUUCCAGCAACUUGAUGGGGUCCCUUGUAGUUUCCUAUAACUUCUACAGCCUCAACAAAAUGGGAGAGAGCCAAGAGGCCACCAAGAGGCCAGGGAGCAUGUUAUGGGCUGUUUUUGCUAUCUGGAUUGUCUGUCUGCUGAUUUGUAUUUUGCCUUUAUGUGGCUGGGGCACCUAUGCUCCCACCUCCUGGGGAUGCUUUGCUGACUGUUCCAGUUCAUAUAUCUUGUUUCUCUUUAUAAUCUACUCAUUGUGUUUCUGUCUCCUAAUUAUACUCUCCAUUCCUCUUAUUUAUCAAUUACUGUGUUCAAAUGAGCAGCAGCAUUUUUAUGAUGAUUAUCAUCAAGUCACUGGAGACCAUUUUUCUUCUGGGGUACUUCCAUUUGAGAGUCACAAAUCUUCUCUCCCUACAGAAGACACUAUGAAUAAAACCCUGAAGCACUGUCAGAACUCUGACCCAGUUAUCAGACAAAGUCCAGCUGACCACUGUCACUUGGACCACUAUGGCACACAAAAUGUGCCACCUAACAACCGGAACAGCACUGUGGAAUUUGCUCAGAAACGCUUCUCGCUAAUUCUGGCUCUGACCAAAAUCAUUCUUUGGCUCCCAAUGAUGAUACAAAUGGUUGUUCAAUACACUGUUGGGUUUCAAAAUCUUUCCUUUGAGAUAUUCAGCUUCCUGCUAACUUUGCUAGCUGUCACUGUCACUCCGAUGUUUAUCUUGUCAGAGCACUGGAGUCACCUGCCUUGUGGCUGCAUUAUCAAUUGUAGAAAGAGCAUCUAUGCAGUGUCAUCAGAGGAAAACAAGGCCAAAAGAAGAGGCUUUGAAUUCAAUUUGUCCUUUCAACAAGGUUAUGGAAUCUAUAAGAUAUCCCAUGACAACCGCCACAGUGAUGGUAGCAAUUCAAUAUCCUACCACAGCUUGCUCAACUGCGAUUGUGAGAACACAAAAGAAACUCAAAAAGACAGCAGCAAAAUGGAGUUCAGCACCAUUUCCGUAGUGGACAGCUCCACGUGUAAAAAUGUUGCUGGUUGCAAAAACCUUGACAGCACAGACACCAGGAAAGACUUAAGCAGGGAUAAAUUCAUAGACAGUCUACUUUCUGAAAAAAUGACAUAUAAAAAAGAAGAGAUCCGGAAUAUUGAAAAAGGAACUUUUUUUGAAGGACCAGAAAGAAGGUUGUCUCAUGAGGAGGGCCGGAAACCAGAACUCUCUGACUGGGAGUGGUGCAGAAGUAAGUCGGAAAGGACCCCUCGACAGCGUUCAGGUGGUGCCUUAGCUAUUCCUCUGUGUGCAUUUCAAGGAACUGUGUCUCUCCAAGCUCCCACAGGAAAAACCCUCUCUUUAUCUACAUAUGAGGUAAGCUCAGAAGGACAAAAAAUCACUCCCGCAUCCAAGAAAAUUGAAGUGUAUCGCUCCAAGAGUGUGGGCCAUGAGCCAAAUCCUGAGGAUUCUCCAACCACAUUUACUGACACCAACGUGAAGAUUCACUUAGAGGUGCUUGAAAUUUGUGACAAUGAAGAAGCUAUGGACACCGUUUCCAUCAUUAGUAAUAUUAGCCAAUCCUCUGCCCAGGUCCGGUCUCCAUCCUUACGUUAUUCUCGGAAAGAAAAUAGAUUUGUCUCAUGCGAUUUAGGAGAAACAGCAUCUUAUUCACUCUUCAUACCGUCAAGCAAUCCCAACAGUGAUCUGAACAUAUCCAUUCCUGACACUGUCGAAGCUCACAGACAGAAUAGUAAAAAGCAGCACUUGGAAAAAGAGGGUUAUCAAGAAGAAAUACAAAUGUUAAACAAAGCAUACAGGAAAAGAGAAGAAGAUGGGCUUGGCAACUAAAAUGGAGAAAAAAGUGACUGUGAAUAAUUUGUACCCUCAUUUUUUAAGUUUGCUUGGAUCCUGAACCAUUUAUUCAUGGCAUUUGAGAAAACAAUUGAAUAACAUUAAUACAUUCACAACAGAACAUUACAUACUUUGUCCAAAGGCUGAAUAUUUUUCUAUAUUCCUUACAAAUAGGGUAGCAGGGAAGAUCACUGGCUAGAACAGAUUUCCCUUUCUGCCUUCUGAAGAAUUACUGUUGGACAUUUCCUUGAUGAAGCAACUCAAAUCUCUACUCUUAAUGCCAGUUUUGCUGCACUAGUUGUGGAGCCAAAAGUGAGGCCUUUGAGGGGUAUAUAAAGGAGGCUGCGAAUCCUGAAUUAAAAAUUGGGGUUAAGGAUUUCAGCCUCCCAGCCAACAAUCUCAGGGGGGCCAUGAGUUACCUCAGACCCCCAGUCCUUUUUUUAAAAUGAUUUCUAGCUUUUAUAGGAUUUGAGAUGGGAGGCAAAAUGAAUCUGACCUCGACCUUAUGACAACAUUGCAAUAUUUCUGAUAAAAGGAUAAAGAUGGUUUUGACUUCCUACCUAGCCUACACCUCUGCCAUUCUUUCAUGAUAUGCUAUACAAUUACUAACCAGACCUGACUCUGCUUGGUUUCCAAACACAGAUCAGUUCCACCAGGCACAGCACUAUUCAGUCUAUUCCUUUCACCAGAAAGGAAAUUGCUAUCAUCUUUCAGUGUAUUUAGUCAACAUAACAAUAGUUGUGACUGGCCAUUUGUGAACAGUGUUAAGUGUAGAGAUUAAUAUGAAAUGGCCACUUGUUUACAGGAGGAACUUCUUGGUCAUUUUAACUCAAUGAUCUUUUUAUCCUUCUGGAGUAGUGAUUAAGGACCAUUGCAAAUAGUCACUUUGCUUUCAAGAAAGCUGUAAAAAUGUAACCUGUUUUUACACUAAUAUACAGAUUGGAAAGGCUUUUGCACUGAUGUAUAUAAAUUAAAGAGCUUUUUUUCCAUAAAGCAUAUAAAAAUAUUAUGGAUAUCAUAGAAAAAAUAGGAGAACUACUGUAAGCAACUAGCUCCAUCAUGAACUAGAUCUGCUAUAAAAGCUAUGAAUAUACAGAAUGCGAUAUACUGCUUUCAUCAGAAUGUGGUUAGGACUAGGUACUUAGAACUAUUGAAGCCAAUGACAGAGAAGUAAUAUAAAGAAACCAACUCCAUUUCUCAUUCUAGCUUCAAAAAGUUAGUUGGGUCUUAUACCUAGAAUAACAAAAAAUAAUUUCCAUUUCUUCCAUUGGAUUUACAUAGACUAUGUAUGAUUCAAAAUACUGAAACCAUUUCAAACUGGAAUAGGACAGAAAGAAAGAGAGAGUGUGUGUCUUUCUAAUUUAAUACUUCUACCAUUUGCUUUAAUUUUUAAUACUGGACUAACUCCAUGUGGAUACAUAUAAAAGUGGAGGUGAUCAAAAGCCAUUUUUCCAAGGAAUAUUAUUAUAACAAAUGCUGUGUGUGUUUGUACAGAGAUACAUAAAAUUGUCUGUACUUUUUAAUUCUUGCAUUGUUUUUAAUUUCACAAAACUGAAAUAUGUCUCUCAUAUUUUGAAAUAAUUGCUCUGUGCCAUAUAAACUUUAAAACGAGUCCUGCUGCUUGCUUUAGCACUGAGAGUUUUAUCGCAGUAUUUGCACAAAUUGAGCUCCAGUAGAAUGACUAUAAAGCUACCACAAUAUAAACAAUCAAGAAAGAAUUGAUUUUACAAUCCAUUUUUUAACUUUAAUAAACAUUCUACCCAAGAAAAUGAUUUUAUCUUCCUGGAGCUUUUGGUGAUAUAUAUAUAUAUAUAUGUGACUGGCUGUCUUUCAAUCAAUCAAUCAUUUUAUCUGUGGAACACAACUAAUUUUGUCUUUGAUGUAUUCAUUUUCAGAUCCAUUCUUCUCAUUGCAUCAUAUAAUCUAACACACAUUUUAUACCAUUCAGGUUUUCUGCAACCAACAUUGCAUUGUGUGCAUAUAACAGUGCACACGUGCUGAAAUCCAUAAGCAAUUUACCUCUAAUGAACGCAAGCAUACAUUUAUCCAUCAAUAUAUUAUGCAACCAUAAGAUCAUCACAUAUCCUUGUUUUAUUCCCUUUUCAAUGUUGAAACAUUUGUCAAGUACUCAACUUUUUUGUCACUCGUUCUUUACUUUCAUCAUAUAUCACUUUUACCAUAUUCAGUAGCCAAUAUUCAAUUCCAUAUCUUCGCAAAAUAUUUCAUAAUCCAAGCCUGUUCACUUUAUCAUAUGCUUCCUUUAAUCAAUAAGCAUAUAAACAAUGUUAGUUUGUCAAAUCUCGCAUCAGUUUUGAAAGUGAGAAAGAAGUGUAGUUCCAGGUGUAUUGGCAGAAACAUCAAUAAGGUGGGGGCAAUAUUGCUCCAAAAUUCAUUAUAGGAAGUUAACUCUUUGUCUUUCUUGCACUUUAUGAACAUGGUAUGAAAUCCACAGACAUUCUCAACAGUUUGCUGUGCCCCAAAAGGUAUA